AUGGGCAGGACUUCCAGCAGUCACGUGGUUCCGGGGGCCGUUCCAGACGAUGUUCUCGGUCCCGUUCCAGGGGCCGUUCCCGGUCCAGAAGCCGCUCCCGGUCCCGAGGAGGAGCCCGGCGCUGCAACUCUGGGAGCCACUCCAGGUCUCGAUCCAGUUAUAAAGGAAGUUGACACGAUUCCGGACGUUAUGGUGAGCUCGUGUGUCGCCUUCGGCUGCACUAAUCGUGCGAAGCAGAAGCCAGGAAUCACUUUUCACGUGUUUCCGAAAGACAAGACGCUGCGUGACGCAUGGCAGCGUGCUGUUCGGAGGGAUGGCUGGGAGCCUAAGAAUGCGGACGUUCUCUGCUCGGAGCACUUUGAAGCCAACUGCUUUGACAGGACGGGCCAAACGACCAGACUGCGACCAGGGAGCAUUCCUACCAUUUUUCCUGCGUUCCCUGCGCAUCUCCAGAAACCAGCGAAAAGAAAGCGAGAGGCCCCUAAGUGUCAGACUGCGCUGUCACCUGUCGUCAGUGCUGAGGCAGCGGUUGAAAUGCCAUCUGAGCCUUCUUCGCCGGCGAAGGAUUGGUACCGUUCCAAGGCAGAGGAGUCUGCACAAGAGGUUCUCCAACUAAAGAAGAAAGUUAAGACACUGCAGCAAUCCAAAAGAAGGCUAAGCAAGCGGUGUGAUGCGUCAGAAAAUUUGAUCAAGGAGCUAAAAGAGAGGAAACUUUUGUCAGAAAAAGGCCUUGAGGUCUUUGAAGCAACUUUCUCGCCUGAAAUUCAACGGCUUCUUGUCCGAGCCCAUGAAAAAACAAACAAGAUGUACCCCCCAGAGCUACGUGCAUUCGCACUCACUCUGCACUACUACUCUGCGGCAGCGUAUGAGUAUGUGCGGUCGAAAUUUAACAACGCUUUGUCUUGA